GCUUGAGUUUUGAAAAUCAGUAUGGAAAGUAUUUCAUUGAUAAUAUAAUACUAUAAAACAAAUGUGGCACAAAAUAGAACGAUUUGUAAUCAUUUAUCUUGCAAUAAAUUGUGUAUCAGCCGAGGAUACUGAGGCUGAGAAGCUCUUCCGUGAUCUCGAAGUAGUGCCCGAUAUAUUGGAUGAACCACCAAAGGAAUUGUUGAAGAUUGAGUACGAUGGCGGCCUAGAUGUUGGCAGAGGGGAAGAAUUCACGCCGACGCAAACUAAAGACGAGCCGAAGAUUGAUUGGACUGCCGAGCCAGAUGCAUUUUACACAAUCAUAAUGACUAAUCCGGACAUACCUACGCGACAGAACCCAGCAACACGCGAAUGGCUUCACUGGUUGGUGGUUAACAUACCGGGCACAGAUUUGGCUAAAGGUUACGUAUUAGACCCCUACAUCGGACCAUUGAAUCCAAAGGAAAGUGGUUUGGUGCGAAACGUGUUUCUGAUCUAUAAGCAACUCGGUAAACAAGAAUUCGAUGAGCCCUUACUCAAUAAUACAAAUGUGGCUGGCCAUGAGCGAUUCUCUUCUAAAGGCUUUGCUAAAAAAUACGAUAUGGAACUUGUGGCUGGCAAUAUAUUCCAAUCACGCUGGGAUGAAUAUGUAACACUAUUGCAUAAACAAUUCGGCAUUAUUAAGCGAUAAGUUCAUUGAGUAACGAGUCAGAAAUCCUACUACAUAUAUAUGUAUACAUAUAAAUGUUAAAAAAUUUAUAACAUGCACAAAAUAUAUAUUAUGCUUCAAGCAUGAAGGGCACACUUCACUCCAUAAUGCCUUGAAAUUUUUCAAAUUGGAUUUGUAAUUUCAGCAUGGCGUCUGAAAGACCCAAAAUAUUUGUUAAACUUAAAUUUCUGCACAAUUAUAAAUUCCAUAAAUUAAACUGCUUGUUUUAUCGUUAUACUUGAAAAAA